AAACCACUGUCUGUCACUCUCUCGACCGAGCGAACCCGCCUCCCGCCCCGUCGCUCAUUGGCCCGAGCUCCGUCCCGCCCCCGGGCCCGUGUGGGAGUAGCGAACCUGUGCCUACCAGGGGCAGUAACCUGGAGACCCAAGCCCGCAGCAAAGUGUUCUGUCUGUGGUCCCGCUGUAUCCCAGAACUGGGACUGCAACCUCUACCCGCUUGACCCUCUGAGUCCAACAGCCCGUGGCCGCUUUCCAAUCGCGUCUGGCGCUUAGGACUCUGCCACUGCCUCCAACACCCAAUUCAAACAUGACCCUCAGGCCACGUACGUUCUCAGAUACACAAGGGCUAGGGUUGGACGGUGCGCGGCCCUGGGCCUCCUCCUGAAUUCGGACACUCUGGCCAAGCCCGGAACGUAGUCUCAGGGUCAUAGUUUCUGGUCGGUGGAGACACUCAGCUGCCUGAUCAACGGAAGCAGGCUCGGAGGGUUGGGGACGGGGCGGACUCGAGAUGGCGCCACCGGCAGGUGGGGCGGCAGCAGCCGGGGACCAUGGUUCGGCCACGGUCCUCCUAGCUGUGCCCGUUACAGUGAGACCUCUGGGGGUCGGGCCGGAUGCGGAGGCGCCGCUACGGAGGCUUCUGCUGAGUACGGACCCCGAGCGGCCUGGGCGUUUCCGGCUGCAACUUCAGGGCGCGGGACCUGGGGCGGUCAAUUUGGAGUGGCCCUUGGAGUCAGUCUCUUACACCAUCUGCGGCCCCUGCCAACACGAGCUGCAUCCUCCGCCAGGAGGGCCUGGAACCCUCAGCUUACACUUCCUCAACCCUGAGGAAGCUCAGCGGUGGGCAGCCCUGGUGCAAGGCGCCUCCGCGGAGGGACAAAAUGGCAAUGGCAGCCUACCCCAAGUCCUGCAUCCAGAAAUAUGCCCCGUUUCCCUGCCCAGUCCCCCUGUGGCCCCAACACUCAAAGCAUCCCAAUCUCAGGCAAACCUGACCUGGAGCCCUGGAGACUUGUUGGAGAAAGAAAAGCUGGCUGGGCACCUGGCCCAGGCCAUUGCAGGUGGAGAUGAAAAGCGGGCAGCUCAAGUGGCAGCAAUCCUGGCCCAGCAUCACGUGGCUCUCAAUGUCCAGCUCCAAGCAGACUGCUUCCCACCUGGUCCUAUCAGGCUGGAGGUCACAGUUGAAGAUGCUACAUCUGGUGUGGCUUCUACAUCCUCUGCUCACAUCUCGCUGAAGGUCUAUCCUCAUUGUACCAUUGCAGCACUCCAGGAACAGGUGUUCUCAGAGUUUGGCUUCCCACCUGCUGUACAGCGCUGGGUCAUUGGGCGAGACCUAUGUGUGCCUGAGCGAAGCCUUGCUUCCUAUGGCAUCCAGCAGGAUGGGGACCCUGCCUUUCUCUACUUGCUUUCAGCCCCCCGAGAAGCCCCAGGACACAGCCCUCAAUGUUCCCAGAAGAUGGAUGGGAAAGUAGGACAUUUGUUUCCCCAGACAUUGGGGCUGCCCCAAGCCCCCCAACCAGCCAGUUCCAGUCUCCCCAGCCCCCUUCAGCCUGGCUGGCCCUGUCCUUCCUGCACCUUCAUCAAUGCCCCAAGCCGCCCAGGCUGUGAGAUGUGUAGCACCCAGAGGCCCUGCACUUGGAAUUCCCUUCCUCCAGCCUCCACCUAGAACUAUCAAAGGUUACAGAGAACAUGGGCCUUGCCUCACAGAUCCAAAUUCCUGCAUCACCUCUUGAACUUGGGGUCUUCCACUGGCUGCUCACUGGGGAUACAGAAUAGAGCCACCAGAUCUGGGGUUGGGGGAAGACCAUGGGCAUCAUUAAAAACAUAUGCCAGGGCUGGUGAGAUGGCUCAGUGG